CUGUUCUCGAUUCAUGGGAAAGAUUCAUUCAAAAUAAACGAAUCGUUCGUAAACAACACAUCACAAAUGUUGACUUACCAUAGACUGUUUAACAGGGAACAUGCUUUGGUGUGUGACUCUUAUCCUUGUCAGCUUUUUGAAAUCUCGAUCAGAGAGUUUACAGGUUAUUGGUCCAGAAGCUCCUCUUGUUGCUGUAGCUGGUGAAGAUCUGGUUCUGCCCUGUUUUAUCAAACCCAACACCAGUGCUGUGGACAUGACAGUGGAGUGGUUCAAACUAUAUGUAGAAGACUCAUUGGUGCAUCUCUAUAGGGAUCAUGAAGACAAAAAUGGAAAUCAGUCUCAGUCCUAUAGAGGAAGAACAUCACUGUUUAAAGAGGAGCUACAGAAAGGCAAUGUUUCACUCAAACUCUCAGGUGUCAGAGUCUCUGAUGAAGGAGAAUAUAAGUGGCUUGUUGAGGACAAUUCCUGGUACGAUGACAUCACUGUGAAGGUCAUUGUAGAGGCUCAGGGAAGCCACCCAGUGAUAAUGAUGGAGAGUUUUGAUAACUCAGGAGGGAUUAAUCUAGUGUGUGAGUCCAGAGGCUGGAACCCUGAACCUGAUGUUUUGUGGCUGGACAGAGAAGGAGUCACUCUGACUGUUGAAGAUACACAGAUACACAGAGACACUGAGGGCUUCAGUGUGAAAAGCCACAUCACUGUUUAUGAUUAUAGCGACUCUAACAGGUUUUACUGCAGACUUCAGCAACAACAUCACAUGCUGGAGACAGAGAUUAUCAUCAGUAGUAAAGUCUUUGAAGCUUGGAAGUGGACUGUCGGGAUUUCAGUUUCAGCAUGUCUUAUUGCUGUUGGAUUGAUCGUAACUGCAGUUGUUCUUGUUUGUCACAAGAAAGAGAUGAAGAAGGAGAAGGAGUACACAGAACUGCAGAGACUGAGUGUGGAAUAUGAGUUAUUAAAGAAGACACAGUUUGCAGUGGAUGUGACUCUGGAUCCUGAUACAGCUCAUCCAUAUCUCAUUUUGUCAGCUGAUGGAAAACAAGUGACACAUGGAGACACACAACAGAAUCUACCUGAUACACCACAGAGGUUUAAUCCAUGUGUCUGUGUUCUAGGAAAUCAGAGUUUUUCCUCGGGGAGAUUUUAUUAUGAGGUGCAGGUCAGAGGGAAAACUGAUUGGACAUUAGGAGUCAUGAGAGAGAACAUUAACAGGAAGCGGUGGAUUAUAGAGACUCCUCAGAAUGGAUUUUGGACUGUAUGGAUGAGGAAUGAGAAUCAGUAUAAGGCUUGUGCUGAUCCCUCUGUUCCCCUCACACUGAGAGAGAAGGUGGAGGUUGUGGGGGUGUUUGUCGAUUAUGAGGAGGGUCUGGUCUCCUUUUAUGAUGUAAAGUCCAGAUCUCAUAUCUACUCUUUCACUGGUCAGUCUUUCACUGAGAAUCUCUAUCCAUAUUUCAGCCCUGAUUUAAAUAAAGGAGGUAAAAAUUCAGCACCACUGAUCAUCUCUCUUGUAUUAGAUUAGAUUAAAUUAGAUUGAACUUUAUUGUCAUAACACAUGUACAAGUACAAGGCAAUGAAAUGCAGUUUAGGUCUAAUCAGAGUGAAAUAGCAGCAAGUGCAGGAUAUAGUGUUUACAUGAGUUAAAUACAUUAAAUAAAAUGGUAAUAUAGGAGUAAUUUACAGAUGUGUAUGUACGAUGAACACAAUAUACAGAUGAAUAUAUAUGUACUAUGAACAUAAUAUACAGAUGACUAUAUAUGUAUUAUGAACAUAACAUACAGAUGGCUAUUACUAUAAACUGAAAUUUACAGAAGGAUAUGUGCUAUAAACAAAAUAUAUGGCUAUAUAUUUUGCUUCAUGCUAAUGCUUCAAAAAAAGGACCCCUUCACCAGCUACUCUUUAACCAGCACCGUGCUAUCCUUCAACCUUAUGGACUGUUUACACCAUCAUGGGGUUUGAAAUAUAUUGUCCAGUGCCUUUAUUGAGUGGAGCUGCUUGAAUGAACUGUAUGCUUUGACAAUGGGGGCCUAUACGGACUGUUGAGGGAAAAGCGAACAUGAAAAAAAAGAAAUAUGGGUCGACAUUGUGUUAAAUGUAUUUCUGCCUUCCAAUAACAGUGUGAAUCUACGGUAAUAUUUUUGUUAAUGUGUGUGUUGAUGUAUUUUGUAUCCUUCAUGUCAUGGUGCUGGAGUGGUGUUAAGUUUAAUCACCAUCCAGAGUGGGGGUAGUGUUGUGGGAGAGGGCAAAUAGGAGCUGCCGCUUUAAGAUCGCAAUCUACGGGUGUUGUAGACCACAUUGAAGUGCAUUGUGGGUAAUGUAGUUCGUGACAUGUGCUCAUAGAUAUCUAUACACUAGAUGUCGCCUUGGGGUCCUAAAAAUGCGUCAAAACCGCCACCAUCUUUGUACGGUGCUCCUUUACCUCAAAUGCAUGGACGAUGCCGGACUUCUGUGCUGCAUAUGGUUGUUCAAACGAAAGAAAUCUAAAAACCAGACAGCAAGGGAUUACAUUACACAAGUGAGAAUGUGUUUUAUGAUAUUGAAUGCUAGGAAAUUAUAUUUCUUGUUCCGUUGGUUUGUUUUAGUCCUUGGUUAACGACUUGAUUUAAUCAAAUCAAAUCAAUACGGGACGCGAUUUUCCCGUAUUUUACAUAGGUCCACAUUAUACAGCAUCCAAUACAAAUCAACCCACCCGCAUUGUGUGGAGACGCGUCCUAUUCUGCCCCUGAUUGGGUAAUACUCGUUGCCAUCGUUGGUUUGAUUGGUUUGUUUUAGGGUUACGAGCCGUGAAUCACGGCCAAUCAGAGUCAGAGGAGGGCGGGACGCCGCCUCGCCGGUUCUUUUGACAGAAAAUUCAUAUGAAACGGAGUGACAAGAAGUACACUUAUAAAAGAAAGUAGGCCUGACAUGCUCCAAUACUGCACACUACUACUUCUGGUCCGCUGAUAUUCACUGAUACACUGAUAUACAUCCACUGAUGUUAUUAUGUUCAUGAUGUUCAUGGAAGAUCUUUUUCAAGUUUGCAAGUUAUAAUUACUUAUGAAGUUAUGAAUCUGUUAAUUUAAUAAUAAGUUAAUAAAAUAUGGUUCACAUCUCACAAGUUCCUCCAAAAGCUUAUUUUUUGUGUUCUUAGUCACACUUUGUUGGCGUAUAUUUAUUAUUGUCAUAGCUGUGUAUUCAAUAUGACCACUUAAGUUGUGAUAGUGAGAGACUGAGUGCAUCUGUUCACACUGAUUUCAAUAGCAGAAAUCAUAUUAUAAUGUCCAUUGGUAUCAAUCUUAAUAUUUUUAUGAAUACAUGUUUUAAGUUAUGAUAUACCACCACUGGCACGCCAUCGGGACUGUGGUCAUCGUGGCCCCGAGGGGUGUGGCCCCCGCUGUGGCAGGCGUCCCUUAUUUUUCUGUAUUGAAGGUGGCAACCCUAGUGAAGACCCAACUUUAUGUAUGUUUUGUAAGAUUCCCUUAUCUGUCAAACAUAUUUUAUUAGAUUGUCCUGGACGUAACACAAGCAGAAUGCUCUUUUAUCAAGUUACUUCACUUAAAGACAUAUUUAAUGACAUGCCUAAAAAGGUUUUGGAUUUUUUUAUCGUAUGUUAAUUAAACCCCUCCUCGAACCGCCACCUUAUUGUGGUGGAGGGGUUUGCGUGCCUGAAUGAUCCUAGGAGCUAUGUUGUCUGGGGCUUUCUGCCCCUGGUAGGGUCUCCCAAGGCAAACAGGUCCUGGGUGACAGGCCAGACCAAGAGCGGUUCAAGUACCCCUUAUGAGUGGUUUAAAAA